GAUGCCCAUGCUGAUUGGCUCAGAGCGAAUCAGCUUCGCGUCAAUCAAAAUCUCGGCGAGUCGGCUCGCGAAGUUGGCAGACGGUGACAGAGAGUCAGGCGGAGACAUGGACGGAGACGGCGGUAAAGUCAGUCUGCUGAUGGGUGAAGACGAGUUCAAGGCGUCCUGCGCUAAGGAGAUGGCUCUGCUCGAUCUGAUGGAGAAGACCGGGUACAACAUGGUGCAGGAGAACGGGCAGAGGAAGUAUGGUGGACCCCCACCAGGUUGGGAGGGCCCAGCCCCCCCACGGGGCUGCGAGGUGUUUGUGGGCAAGAUUCCCAGAGACAUGUACGAAGACAAGCUGGUGCCUCUUUUUGAAAGAGCCGGCAGGAUCUACGAGUUCAGACUGAUGAUGGAGUUCAGCGGAGAGAACCGCGGCUAUGCCUUCGUCAUGUACACCAACAGAGAGGCAGCUCAGAGAGCCAUCCAGAUGCUGGACAACUACGAGAUCCGUCUGGGGAAGUUCAUCGGCGUCUGUGUGAGUCUGGAUAACUGCCGCCUCUUCGUGGGCUCCAUCCCCAAAGACAAGAGGAAGGAUGAGAUCAUGGAGGAGAUGAAGAAGGUGACAGACGGGGUGGUGGAUGUGAUCGUGUAUCCCAGCUCCACAGAUAAGAGCAGAAAUCGAGGUUUUGCCUUUGUUGAGUAUGAAUCCCACAAAGCAGCAGCCAUGGCCAGGAGGAAGCUCAUACCUGGAACCUUCCAGCUAUGGGGUCACUCCAUCCAGGUGGACUGGGCUGAGCCUGAGAAAGAGGUGGAUGAAGAGGUCAUGCAGCGUGUCAGAGUCCUUUAUGUGCGUAACCUGAUGCUGAGCACAAAUGAAGAAACUCUUCAUCAGGAGUUCUCACACUUCAAACCGGGCUCUGUGGAGCGCGUGAAGAAGCUCACUGACUACGCCUUCAUCCACUACCGCUGCCGUGACGACGCCGUCACUGCGCUGAGUUUAAUGAACGGAGCCCAGAUCGAUGGAGCCACCGUGGAGGUGACGCUGGCCAAACCGGCGGGGAUCAAAGACUGGGCUGUAGCCAGGAGGAGGUACAGUAGCAGGGCAUACCUAGGAAACAAUCCAGGGGGAGGAGGAGGAGCAGGAGGAGUAGACGGGAUGUUUGUUCUGCACAGGAACAAUGGAGGGAUGAUGGAAGAAGCUGGGGGCGGAUGCUCUCCGCUGAGACCCUUGACCCUGCCGUCACGCCUGGGGUGCACCUUCUACCCAGGAGCAGCAGGAGAUGACCUGGACAGGUGUGUGUUUCCGCUCUUUCCCGGGACGCCCCUCUCCCCCACCAGCCUGCUGUCACUCAAGCAGAGUCAAAUCGGCUCUGCUGUCAGCCUGCUCGACUUUUACUGCCUCAAAAACUUCUGGUCACAGCCCGAAUACCACCUGUACUCAGCACCUGGACAGGAUGGAAAACUUCUGCUCCUGUACAAGGUUGUGAUGCCAUCUACACGAAGCACCUACAUCCCAGACAAGCUGUGUGUGCUGCUGGAUGACGCCAAAGAGCUGGCUGCACAGACCACCCUGUUGAACCUGGGAGGCCUUUUCUUGUCUGAGAGUCAGCAGCAAGAGGAAAGUCCACAGCAGAAGAGGUGCAUCAAGGGGAGGAGGAGGCAGAGGAGUGCGAGGAGAAAAGGCAGGACUGUCUUUAUUAUGACUACACUACCAAACAUUUCCCAACGCAGUGUUUUUGUAAUGUGCUGCCUCUGGCUGACUUUCAGAGCACCACCAUUUUAGCUUCAGAUGUUAAGCACAGACAGAAGAACAGAACUGUUCAUGUCCUCCAUCUGUUUGUUUGAUCUCCCUCUAUUUUAAAUUUCUAUCUCAGCUAGAGCUGAAGGGAGGGAGGGAAGGAUAAUAUUUAGUUUCUGAUGAGCGGCUCGGCUUCUUUUCUCUAUCAUCUCUGAUAAACUGAAAGAGAACAAUGAGAGACACUGUUUACGUUUCACAAAAACGGACAAAUCCAACAGAAAAAACAUCCUCUAUCAACCUCUGUUAAAUGUCACCCUCCGUCUCUUCUCCUCCUCCUCUCUGGUGUUGUUUUCCUACGGCCAAAGUUCCCCUUAGACUUCCCAUAAUGCCACAGCAGGGACACAUAUACUUGUACAUGAACAAUUGCCAUCAAAUAAGGUGAUUUUUGUUGUUUUUGUCUUAGCUGACAGUUUUUUGUUUUUUUUUCCAUUUUGUUUCAGUUGCUGAUAAUUUCUUAGCAAAUUAAAUGGAGGGUGGCUUAUCCCUCUGUGUUUGUAGCUACCAACACCUCUCAUGUCUGUGUUAACCUGAGUUAUGUGAGGGGCGGAGGAAACCGUGUCCAAUCCAUCAUUUCACAAACAAGUUCUUGUGGUUACCCGAGGAACAACAUCUCGUUCUUUCUUGUCUGCUAAUUGGCCGGAAAGAGGCGACCUCAUGAGAAAGCUGAGAUGUUUAGAGCCUCUGGUCGUCUCAGACAAAUCUUGAGCUUGGAAAAAAGAAAGCAGGACAUUUUUCCAUGUUUUCUUAUUUGCCUGACCCACUUCAUGAUCGGGUUUCUGUAGAUUUUAAAGGCUCCGGUCAUUUGAAGGAGAAAGAAAAACCUCUGAGAGCAGAUUUAAGAUGUUUUUCCUCCAAACUAAGUUUAAAGACCCUUUUCUUGUUGGUGUUUUAUGCUUUUAAAUCACAUUGACUAAGAAAAGAGAUAAAACAUAGAGUUAAAAGGAGAUUAGGAGAUUAGAUGUGUUUUUCUAUUGUCUCCUCAUGGUGCUUUAGCAUUAGGAAAAUGAGGAGAACGAGUUAUUUCAAGGCAGAUUGUGGAAAUUCAUUUUUCCAUACUUUUCAUAUUUGUAAUUGUGCAGUGCUGUAAAGGAGGAAGAAAGAGGAAGACAGAUGCUGAAGUGUCAAAGACAAGGUUUUAUUUUACAGGUCUGUCAUUCCUUAAUAAUUUCCUUUAAAGAGCUAUGUAAUUUGGAACUGAGUCAGCUAUUUGAGUUUAGUUAGUAUUGUUGCUUUUUAGAGGAAUUUUCUUGAAAACGAGCGCCAUUUAAACCUAAGUCAAUAUUCAUUAUUAUUUAUUUAUUUAUAUUUAUUUCAUUAGUUUAUUUCUGUACAUUUUAUUCUUCAUAUUAGUUAAUUGUAUGCUUGUAUAUAUGAUCAGCUGACCUUCUGUCUUCUUAAUAAACUACUCUUUACAGAAGCUAAUCAGACCUGAAACGAUUAGCCGAUUCGUUGAUCAGUCGAUUGAUGGAAAAAUAAUUGUAAUUCUAAUAGCAGAUUAAUCGUUUCAGUCAUUUUUCAAGCAAAAAUUACGGAAAUGCCAAACAUUUGUGACUCCAGCUUCUUAAAUGAGAGGAUUUCCUACUUUUUCGUUGUCAUACAUCAUUGUAAACAUUGUAAAAUGUUUGAGUUUUGGACUUUUGGCCGAAUGAAACGACAUUUGAAGACGUCACUUUAGGCUCUGGAAAGUUGUGAUGGGCUUUUUUUUUUUUUACUAUUUUCUGAGAGUUCAUAAUUGAGAAAAUAAUCAACAUAUUAAUUAUGAAAUUAAUUGUUAGUUUAAGUCCUAGAGAAGUUAAUAGCAGUUGAACACUUUCUCUUUUUUAGAUAUAAUUAGUCCCAGAUUACAUAGUUCUUUAAAAGAAACUUAAGAGGAAAUUAUUAGGGAAUUUAUGUAAAACCAAGUGUUACAGAGAAGAGGUCUGAACUGAACUGAACUGAACUGAACUAUCAAUUAUAAAUUCUGUAUCAUCAAAAUAAAGUUCUACAAUUUAAAAUUUACAAGUAGCGGGUAUUGUAUGUACUGGCUUCAGUAUUUUUAUAUAUAUAUCUAUAGAUAUAUAUAUAUUUAAAUUGACAACCCUUCAGCCAACAAAAUAAAUAAGUUAAUGAGUAAAAAGUAAAACCGACAUUUCCCCAUUUUGUAUUCUUAGCCGUGUAAAAAAAAAAAAGGCUUUGAAAUAGCAUUUAAACUUUAUUUUAAAAAAUAUAUGUACACAAGUAUUUAAAGUACUUUUGACAUCAUCCUUUUGUUGUGUGAGAGCUGGAGAGGAGGAUGAAACCUGGAGGUGUGUUUCUUUCUUUAUCGGAGGAUGAGAAAUUAGAAGCGGAGUGGAGUCACUGUUGUCAUGUACAUAGUUCUUCUAAAAGCUAAACAAAGGACAAACGUUUUAUUCGCACUUAGUGAUCAGUUAAAUUAAUUAAGUGUGGAGGUCAAACGAGUUUUCACGUUCGUAUUCUGUCCGGCUGAAAGUUUGAAGAAGUUUUAUUGAUCUAUUUUAACUCGUCGAGGAUCAAACAAGAAGCGAAACAAAGAGUGGUUAAAGGCAAAUUAUUUUCUUUAUGUACAUGUUUUAUUUGUUUACUGAUUGUUUCUGUUCUGUUCUGUUGUUGAUUCAGGCUCUUUGGAGCCUUGAAUGACUUUAUAUGAACAUUUUUAUAUAUUUAUACAAUGAAUGUGUUUUUGUAGGGUUUUACCUCACCUUUCAAGUCAGACUGUGAAUGUUUUAUGAUCCUUUAAUCCAAUUAGUGUUUGACUCUGCUGGUUUAAAGUCAAAGUUUCUCAAGUUUUGUUCAGACAUUUUGUUCUCAGGCUAGAAAAAUUGAGAUUUUUUUGUUUGUUGAAUUACUUUGGCGACUUUAAAAGUGACAGCGAGAAUUAGAUUAUUUUAGACUAAGGUCAUAAUAUUUGUAGUUGUCUUGUCUGUAUUCAGUGAUUUAGCAAAAACCAAACCACGUUGCAAUGGGAUUUUUUUUCCUCCUGUUUUCAAAUUUGAAUUGGUAUCGGUUUAGUGAUACGAAUUUAUCCUAAAAUAUAAUAAUAAAUAAUAAAACCUAAUCAAAACAAACAAAAAAACUCAGGAACUCAGCACUAAUUGAAAGAAAAUGGCCUAUUGUUAAUGAAUAUGAUCCUAUUUAUUAAAAGUUACUGUAGAAUUUCCAUUCUACAAAAUAUUAGAUGUCACACCCGCUUUAAAUAAAGAAAGAAUGAAGAGUUUGAUUACAAAAUGAGAACCCAGCCUUGUAAUUAAAUUGUAACAUG